AUGACUACCAACGUCAGCGAGCUCGCGUGCCCCAGUGUGUUCCUCAACGAGCUGCAGUUUGGAGAUGGCGGAUUCGUCGAGGGCCGGUUAUGUAUGAACCGGACGGGCAUCUCGUGCUGUCUGCCCUGUCCCAUGACAGAGUGGGCCUACCCGGACAGCUUCGAACCCAUGAGCACCGCGGCAAAUUGGGUCGCGGUGGCGAGCACGGUUUGCUGCUUGUUCUUGCUCCUGUCUUGGGCCUUCCUACCCAUCGAGAAGACGCACCGCCACUAUCUCAGCAUCUGCCUGACAGUCGCCGUGGUCUCCAUGAACCUCGGUUUCGUCAUCCCCCUGGCGGGAAGGCCCGAGCAGUGCUACGACGCCAUCACGCCAAACGACAUGCAGACGAGCUCCGUGUGCGCCGCCUCGGGCACAUUCCUCAUCAUCGGGGGCUGGGCUGCUGUGCUCUGGAUCUUCCUUAGGGCGCUGUCCCUUCACCUCCAGAUUUGCUGGCAGGUCGUGGUCGGCCGUAACUUUAUGUGGUUCUCGCAGGCUGCAGGAUGGGGGCUCCCGGCCAUCGGCAUCAUCCUGGCCCUGACCCUGAGCGGCGUCUCGUUUCGGUUCGGAGCCACCUGCCACAUCAACCACCAGAACAGCCUCGCAGAUCUGUGGAUCCCCCUGCUUGUCCUCGCCGGCGCCACAAUCAUCAUCCAGUUCGCGACUUUUGGCUACUGCAUCAAGGUGUACCUCGCAUCCCUGGCUGACAACAAUGCUACCACCGAGAACUCGGCAGGCCUGCCCUCCUACUCCAACAGUAUCCGCACCAUGACGCCACGCCAGGCAUACCGCCGGAUCCGCCGUGUUAUCCAGCUCCAAUGGCGCGGGAUUGCCAUCGUCCUGAUCAUCAUUGCCGACGUCAUCUUCUUCGCCGUAGUCUUUGUGUUCCAGGACAACACGAUCGAAUCCGUCAAGCGAGACCCCUCGAUUGCGCUGCCCUGGAUUGCCUGCAUCACCAUAAACGACGGGGACAAGAACAAGUGCCUAGACCAGGCCGGCACUAUAGCCGUAGACAUGGCUACCGUUGGGGCCGUCUUGAUGCUCUUGGCUAUGAAUGGUUUCUGGCUGCUCAUGUUACUUGGGCGCUGGUCAAUGGUGACCGCGUGGCUGGACCUCCUGGGCCGCCGCCCUGCCGCCAAGCGCGAGUUUGUGUCAGUUGACGCAAGGCUGGACGACUUGAAGAUGAAUACAGACCCACGUUCGUACGAGAUGCUAUCCCGGGACUCCGGGAAGAAUUACAUGGACGAAAUGGUAACACCGGACACAGUUCGAGAGGGUCCGAUCUAUCCUCCAAUAAAAAGUUACCUCGCCUCGACCGCGAGCCCCACGAUUGACAGCCCCGAAAUGAGCUCGGGCCGGCGGACACCGGAUUAUUUUGGACCCCAGGCACGGUAUCAGCCGCCUGUGAGGUCCUUCUCCAGCCCAAGGCCGCCCACGCGAGAAGGCCAGGGUUCGCAGGCUGGCUGGGACGCGGCCGCAGCAAGACAAUACUCGCGAAGCCCACCGCCAACGGGCCAGUACUCGCAGAGCCCACCGCAAACGGCACACCAGCAACACCACCAGCAGCAAAGCUACGGCCAGCAGGACAUGAACCCCCUGGGGAUGAACAGGAUAUGA